AUGGCAUCUGAUUAUGCUCAACCUCGAAAAGUUCAUCGCUCUCGCCAUUUUCCAGUUGUAGUUGGUACGUUCCUUAUUAAAGUUUGGUGUGGUGGGUACUUCUCGUCUUGCAGAAGACAUUGGAGUGUUUUUGGUUCUGCUCCUUCUCCUAGUUUGUUCAAUUCUGUUUUCCUCUUAUUGGUAGUCAUUUUUCGUUCUGUUUUGCUCUUACUGCCGCAUUUAGUUGGUAUAAAGGAAUCUACACAGCCAAGCCCAGACAGGAAUACACUGGAGGCUGGUACAGUUGGCAAUAUAGCUCAAGCAAGGCCUUCUGUUACGGAGGAAAGUGUUGUACAGUGGGCUAAAAAUGACAAGAGAAGACUACUUCAUGUUGUUUAUAGCGUUGGAGAUUUAGAUAAGAUUAUAAAAUUCUGUACGGAGUGCCUUGGCAUGAAGGUAUUGCGGAAAAGAGACAUCCCAGAGGAAAGAUAUUCAACUGCCUUUCUUGGUUUUGGACCCGAAGAGUCACAUUUUACGGUUGAACUUUCACACAACUAUGGAGUUGGCAAAUAUGAUAUUGGGACUUGUUUUGGUCACUUUGGUGUUGCAGUUGAGGAUGUUGCUAAAACAGUAAGCCUUGUAAAGGCAAAGGGUGGAAAGGUGACACGAGAACCUGGUCCAGUCAAUGGUGAAAGUUCUGUUAUUGCUUUUAUAGAAGAUCUUGAUGGUUAUAAGUUUCAGCUGUUGGAAAAGGCACCAACAUUGGAACCCCUUUGCAAGAUAAUGCUUAGAGUUGGAUAUGAAAAUUUUAGUAAUAUCAUAUCCAAAUAUUUGUGUCUGCAAUUUAUGAUUAUUUGUAGCCGAUCUGUUUGUCCUGGAUUGUGUGGUUAUUUACAGUUUUCCAAUGUCUUGGUUCUAAUUUUUUUUCCUCUGAUUAACACAGUCCCACAAACAUAGUAUACCCAUCUUGUUGCAUUUAAUGCUCACUUUUACAUGGAGCCAGAGACCUCAGAUAGUGGUUCGAUGACAAUUGGGGCUGCUGGUGGUCGUGGGGGUAUCACUUCAGCAGGCGGGCGAAGUACAAGAUCUCCUACUUCUAAUUAAAUUGUGCGACCUCUUCCUGGCCUGAAAGAGAAAGUUAAGAAUGUCAUGUUUUAAGAACGUUAAGAACGUUAUUGUUGGGCCUCGGAGCCUCAGAGUUUGGCUACUGAAUGGUAUGUUGCGUGGUCUGCGUUUGUGUGUAUGCGACUUAUUGGUAUUUGAUCACUUCUCUUUCAAGUACUUUGACUACAUUGUUUUCUUUCAUUUAUCUUGUCUGACAUCUUGUGAGCUGAAUUAUGAACUUGCUAUGAAGAUUUGCUCCAUACCCACCUAGACCACGCACACUUGGGCAUAUAUUAUGGCAGACUUGUGCACCAGCACCGUGGUUGCGUUUUGUCACUGUAAAAGUUUUAUGAAGAAACUUAUUCAUCAGAAAAUGAGGAUGAGGUUAGAGACAUGUGGGUCGAGUAUUUGCUCAAGCAUGAAGCAGAUGAAGAAAACCAAGUUGAUGGUAUGAAAAUAACUCCACUAGUUUCGGUUCCAAUUGUUGGUAAAUUGGCAUGAAUGAUUAUAUUUUGAAAUUGAUUUUUGUUUUACGUUUUUGGAAAUUGCGAUGUAAAUCUUUGACGUUUAUGCAAAUUACAAUUUAUGCAAAAGCUUGCGUUUUGAGCAUUACUUGUGGGAAAUAUAUUUUUUUGGUAAUAUAUGGAUUAUGGAAUUGUUCUCAAAUUAUUACAAAUUAUGUAUUAUAGCAGAUUAGCAGGUGUGGUUUUGUGGUUUUGUGCGUUUGAUUCCUGCUGCCCGAUAUUUAUAGAGGUGUAAACGCAGGUGUAUUAUGUAUGUUAAUUCUGAAUUGGCGUAGCUGGCUUCUGCUAUUAUCGAUUUUUUUUUAAAAAAAAUAAGGUUGCAAAGAGACCCGUCAGGUGUAAUAAAGGCUCUCUAGUUAUAAUAAUAAAACAAUUCAAAGAGACCUCAUAUCUAAGAUACGAGGUCUUAAUUUGUGAAAAAUAAUAAUAAUAAAAAUAACAAAGAGACCCCCUAUCUUAUAUAUGAGGUCUUAACUAAAUAUUCAAAGAGACCUCAUAUCUUACUUAUGGGGUCUGAACUUUUUAACAAACAGAUCUCACAUCUCUAUUAAGAGGUCUCUUCCCCUUCUAAAAUAUUUUCUCCAACAUUUACAGAAGAGACCCCCUUUCUUACGUGGAGGUCUCUAACUUUUAACAAACAGACCCCCUCUCGAUGAGGGGGUCUCUUUAUCAAAGAGACCUGUGAGAUAGAGACCCCUUGAAAGGAGAUCUCUUAAGCCAUUUUGGAAGGGUCUCUUUGCCAUUUUUUGUA